AUGGCUUCGAGAUUGGCUCUCUCUCGAGGAGCGCUUCCGCGCUCUUGCCUCGCGGUUGCUAGCCGCGGUGUGUCGGCAGCCAGCUUGCUUGCGCGCUCUCCAGUUGCUCGCCCUACUGCUCUGAGAGCCUUCUCACAGACCAGCAGGGCCUUGAGGUACCCUGCUGGGAGGAGCUCAAGGAUCCGUGCUAGUCCUCGCAGGUCUUACUCGGAGUCUCUUCGCCAGGACCCAAUAUAUCUUGACAUGCAGGACACUCAAGCUGAGCAUCCUGAGCCAUGGAUGGACUUCACUGCACGACACAUUGGGCCCCGUGACGAGGAUGUUCCCGCCAUGCUCAAGGCCUUGGGCCCUGGGGUUGACACCUUGGACACUUUUCUCGCCCAGGUCAUCCCCGAGGACAUUAUGCUUCCUCCCCAAAAGACCAUUCAGCCCACGACUUACAGCGAGGCUGGCGUGGCCGAGGCUUUCAAGGCCAUGCACUCUCGGAACGAAAUAUUCGUUUGGAUGAACGGCGGCGGUUAUUAUCCCGUCGAAAUCCCCGGGGUCAUCAAACGAAACAUUCUUGAAAACCCUGCCUGGUAUACCAGCUACACUCCGUACCAGGCCGAGAUUAGCCAAGGCCGUCUUCAAUCACUGCUCAACUUCCAGACCAUGAUCUCCGACCUCACUGGCCUGCCCGUUGCCAACGCCAGUUUGCUUGAUGAGGGCACCGCUGCCGCCGAGGCCAUGACCAUGUCCCUGAGCAAUCUUUCGACAUCCCGCGCCAAGCGACCUGACAAGACCUACGUUGUCUCGCACCUCGUUCACGAAACUACUUUCCAGGUCAUGAAGGGCCGAGCCGAGGGCUUCGGCAUUCGCCUCGAGAUGAUGGACUUGUCCGCCUCUGAUGCCAUUGAAAAGAUUGCGGGCCUCGGUGAUGACCUCGUCGGUGUCAUGGCUCAAUAUCCCGACACCAAUGGUGGUGUUGGUGACUUCCGUGAACUCGCCCAUGUCGCUCAUAAACAAGGUACCCUGUUUAGCGUCGCCACGGAUUUGUCUGCCCUAACACUUCUGACCCCUCCCGGCGAAUGGGGAGCCGAUGUUGCCUUUGGUAACUCUCAGAGGUUUGGGGUUCCCUUGGGCUUCGGUGGCCCGCACGCAGCUUUCAUGGCUGUCAGGGACUCUAGCAAGCGACGUCUGCCCGGUCGCAUCGUUGGCGUUUCCAAGGACCGUACAGGCGAUCGCGCACUUCGACUGGCUCUUCAGACCCGCGAGCAGCAUAUUCGACGCGAGAAAGCCACGAGCAAUGUCUGCACCGCCCAGGCCUUGCUCGCUAACAUGGCCGCCAUGUAUGCCAUUUAUCAUGGUCCCGCGCAGCUCAAGGAGAUGGCUGUCAACAACCUACGUUACUCUCGCAUGAUCCAGUCUGCCGCUCAGCACUACGGCCUCGCAGUUGACACCGCCACCCUUGACCCCAAGGGCCGCGUAUUGUCCGACACCCUCGCCCUCACCUUUAAUGAGCCCAAGGCUUCCCAGGCUCUCCACGUGGCGCUCAUGAAACAAGGAAUCAGCGGCGGAAAAGCCUCGACGAAGAACGAGGUUGUCCUUGCUGUUCCCACCACCUUCAACCUCGACACUUUUGUCGGCGUCGUCAAGGCGCUGCAGACAGUUGCCAGGAAAAACCAAACCGAUCCGGAUAUCGAGGUUGCCAGAAAAUUCUGGUCCGAGGGCUGGAAACCAACGUCGGACGAGAUUGUCAAGGAGAUUCCCGAUGCUGUCCGCCGAGAGUCCAGCUACCUGACCCAUCCAGUCUUCAACUCGUACCACAGCGAGACCGAAAUGCUCCGAUACAUUCACCAGCUGCAGUCCAAGGAUCUCUCGCUGGUCCACUCCAUGAUUCCUCUGGGCUCUUGCACCAUGAAGCUCAACGGUACAACCCAAAUGGAACUCAUAGGCCACGAACUGAGCUCCAACAUCCACCCUCAUGCUCCCUUCCACUCCUUCAGGGGCUACAAGGGGCUGUUCGCUGCCACUGCGUCGCAGCUCGCUGCUCUGACCGGCAUGGAUGCCACUUCUCUGCAGCCCAACUCUGGUGCUCAGGGAGAGUUUGCCGGGCUGCGAGCCAUCCGCAAGUUCCACGAGCAGCAGCCUGGGCCCAAGCGUGACAUCUGCCUGAUCCCUGUGUCUGCCCACGGCACGAAUCCCGCCUCUGCCGCCAUGGCAGGCAUGCGUGUUGUUCCUGUCAAGUGCGACACCACGACCGGCAACCUUGACCUGGCUGAUCUUGAGGCCAAGUGUAAGAAGCAUGAGCAGGAGCUUGGGGCCUUCAUGGUUACCUAUCCCAGCACGUUUGGUGUUUUCGAGCCCGGUGUCCGCAAAGCCUGCGAGAUUGUGCACGCUCACGGCGGCCAGGUAUACAUGGACGGCGCCAACAUGAAUGCUCAGAUUGGCCUUACGUCGCCGGGAGCUCUUGGCGCCGAUGUUUGCCAUCUCAACCUUCACAAGACUUUCUGUAUCCCUCACGGGGGUGGCGGUCCCGGUGUUGGCCCCAUUUGCGUCAAGUCCCACCUCGAGCCCUUUCUCCCGCACAAGUCCAGCCAGACUCCCGUUGCGAGCGCUUCUUAUGGUAGUGCUAGCAUUGUACCCAUCAGCUGGGCGUACAUUGCUACUAUGGGAGACAAGGGCCUCCGAAAGGCUACCAGCAUGGCUCUCCUCAAUGCCAAUUACUUGCUCGCCCGCCUAAAGGACCAUUACCCCAUUCUUUAUACCAACGACAACGGUCGCUGCGCGCACGAGUUCAUCAUUGAUGCGCGACCUUUCCGUGAAACUGCGGGCGUCGAGGCCAUUGACAUUGCCAAGCGCCUGCAGGAUUAUGGCUUUCAUGCUCCCACCAUGAGCUGGCCUGUACCCAACACGCUCAUGGUCGAACCGACGGAAAGCGAAAGCAAGGAGGAGCUUGACCGCUUUGCCGAGGCCCUGAUCAGCAUCCGUAAGGAGAUACGCGAGAUUGAAGAUGGAAGCCAGCCUCGCCAAGGAAACGUUCUCCGCAAUGCACCGCACACCCAGAAGGAUCUCAUCGUGGGCGACGGCGAGGGCAAGUGGGAUCGGCCGUACUCGCGCCAGAAAGCCGCCUACCCUCUUUCCUACCUGAUGGAGAAGAAGUUUUGGCCUACAGUGACUCGUGUCGAUGACACCUACGGCGACACCAACUUGUUCUGCACCUGUCCUCCUGUCGAGGAUACCACUCAAUCAUGA